GGAGGCGCUGUAGCCAUUUCGCCACAUGAAAGCAUGAUGAGCUGAGCGGCCAACAUCCGAGUUGUUGGUGGGGAAGCGAAAUCAGCUUUGAGGAGCUCCGCGCGCGCACACGAACCUGCGCGUGAUUACGCACGGCGCGCAGACACGCACACACUUCCUCCUCGUCCUCCGUGGAAAAAAAAGAGGGAGAGAGAGAGGAGCCGAGAGAGGGUACACGAACUUCUAACUCUCCCAUGUGGAAAGCAGAGGUUUGGAGAUAAGGUGUAAUUCUCCUCCGUGGAGCUCUCCUCCUCUGUCCUUCUCUUUUUUCCCUUCUUAGUGAUUUUUUUCUUCUUUUUAAAAUAUUUUUAUCUGGAUAUUUUUGUUUCUAUGAGCGUCAUUUUGGGCGAGAAGAGAAGUUUGGUUGUUUGCCUGGUCGGCUGAGGAGGAGGAGUGGAGGAGAGUCUGGUGAAAAGUGGGGGGAAGAUGGUCCACAACGCCGCUUGGAGAAGAAGCUUCCUCUGCGUCCUGGCGCUCUGUCUCGGCUUUGCGUCUCCACCGUGCAAAGCUCGGAUUUACACCAACCACUGGGCAGUCAGGAUACCCGGAGGACCCGAGGUGGCCGAACAUAUAGCGCAGAAAUAUGGCUACAGGAACAUGGGACAGAUUGGAGACCUUAGAGACCACUAUCACUUCUAUCAUAGUCGGACUAUCAAAAGAUCAACGUUGUCCAGCCGUGGUCGCCAUAGUUUCAUCUCCAUGGAGCCUAAGGUGGAGUGGAUAGAACAGCAGGUGGUAAAGAGGAGGAUCAAGAGGGAUUACAAAGCAGCCCUGCCCCUUUCCCAGAUAAGCCCCGCCCACAGCAGCGUGGCCCAAAAUAACAUAUUCUACAACGACGCCAAGUGGAGCAGUAUGUGGUACAUUCACUGCAACGAUGAUGUCAAUAACUGCCAAUCAGACAUGAACAUCAUGGGGGCAUGGAAGAGGGGCUACACGGGUAAAGACGUUGUGGUGACCAUACUUGAUGACGGCAUUGAGAGGAACCACCCGGACCUUUUACAGAACUACGACCCACAAGCAAGCUUUGAUGUCAACAGCAACGAUGCAGACCCCAUGCCACGAUACGAUGCAACCAAUGAGAACAAGCACGGCACACGAUGUGCAGGUGAAGUCGCUGCAUCUGCAAACAACACACAUUGCAUUGUGGGAAUAGCGUACAACGCCAGAAUAGGAGGUGUGCGAAUGCUGGAUGGAGAUGUGACCGAUAUGGUGGAGGCUAGGUCUCUGAGCCUCAACCCGCAGCACAUUGACAUCUACAGCGCCAGUUGGGGACCUGAUGAUGAUGGAAAGACUGUGGAUGGGCCAGCAUCUCUGGCGAGGCAGGCCUUUGAGAACGGCAUCCGCUCGGGGAGGAAAGGCCGUGGCUCCAUCUUUGUGUGGGCUUCAGGUAACGGCGGGCGAAGCAGAGACCACUGCUCUUGCGACGGCUACACCAACUCAAUCUACACCAUCUCCAUCUCCAGCACAGCGGAAAGCGGACGCAAACCCUGGUACCUGGAGGAAUGCUCAUCCACCCUGACUACCACGUACAGCAGCGGGGAGAACUAUGACCGGAAGAUCAUCACAACAGACCUGAGGCACAGAUGUACAGACAGUCACACGGGGACAUCGGCCUCGGCUCCCAUGGCUGCUGCCAUCAUUGCUCUGGCCCUGGAGGCGAAUCCUCUGCUUACCUGGAGGGACGUGCAGCACAUUAUCGUAAAGACGUCAAGAGCUGGACAUCUCAGUGCUCCUGACUGGAAGACCAAUGCUGCAGGUUACAACGUCAGCCACCUAUACGGCUUUGGCCUGAUGGACGCCGAGGCCAUGGUGAAGGAGGCAGAGCAAUGGAAGCAAGUCCCUUCCCAGCAUAUCUGCAUGGAGAGUGCAGACCGUCAGUUCAGAUCCAUCCGUCCAGAGCACGUGCUUAGGUCGGUGUACAAGGCAACCGGAUGCGCCGACAACCCCAACAGUCACGUCAUCUACUUGGAGCAUGUGGUCGUGCGUAUCACCAUUGCACACUCUCGCCGAGGAGACCUGUCAAUCAACCUGACUUCACCAUCGGGGACCAAGUCCCAGCUGCUUGCUAACAGGUUAUUUGAUCACUCCAUGGAGGGCUUUAAGAACUGGGAGUUUAUGACCACCCACUGCUGGGGAGAGAAGGCAUCAGGGGACUGGGUCCUUGAGAUCUACGACUCUCCUUCUCAGCUUCGAAGCCAGAAGUUACCUGGAAAGCUGAAGGAGUGGUCGCUGGUGCUUUACGGCACCUCUGUCCACCCAUACUCAUCUAUGCAUUCAUCUCUGCACGCUGAGAAGCAGCCUCGCUUCACUGACAUGCUGCAGCCCGUUGAGGAGGAGUUCACGGAGGAGUACAAUGGUCCCUGUCACGCUGAAUGCAACGAUGGCUGUGAGGGUCCUGGACCCCAACACUGCAACAACUGCCUCCACUACUUCUUCAAGUUUAAAAACAACACCAGGAUGUGUGUUUCCGAAUGCCCAAGUGGCUUCUUCCGUGACGACAGGAAGCGCUGCAAGAAGUGCUCCUCUACGUGUGAGACUUGUGUCGGGAGUCGCAGCGACCAGUGCAUCACGUGCAGACCCGGUUUCCACUUCAUUGAGGACUCCAACACUUGCGUCGUUAACUGUGGCGACAGCUUCUACCUCGACAGGGAUCUGCACAUGUGCAGAAGAUGUCUAGAAAACUGCAAAAAGUGCACAAGUUCUAGCAUCUGCACGGAGUGUAAACCUGGGAUGAGUCUUCAAGGAGACAAGUGUCAAAUGACCUGCGACCCAGGAACCUACUACAACGGCCACAGAAGGACUUGUGAGCCCUGUCAUCGAGCUUGUGCCACCUGCGCAGGCACAGGUGUAGAAGCAUGCACCAAGUGUGCAGAGGGCUACUUACUUGAGGACUGGCGGUGUGUUUCAUCGUGCAGCCAUGGCACCUACCUGCUAGAGCAACCCUUAGACAAUGGGCAGGUGCAGAGGUCCUGUAAGAAGUGUGACAAUAGCUGCUUUGAGUGUCUGGGUCCAGGGGAACGAAACUGCAGCAGCUGCAACAGUGGUUACAAUCUAGAGGCAGGAGCCUGCAUGGUUAGCACCAUCUGCAAAGAUGGACAGUACAUGAAUAAACACGGGAAGUGUCAUCUUUGUGAUGUUACCUGUGAGCAGUGCACAGGACCAGAGAGCAAGGACUGCAUCAGCUGCCCAGAAACAAGUUUCUAUGCUGAUGGACUCUGCGUUAUCCGCUGCCCGACGGGUCGUUACGCUGCGGAGAGGCAGUGCCACCUCUGUCAUCACACCUGUCAAGCGUGUGAUGAUGAAGGGCCAGAUAACUGCACCAGCUGUGGAACAGACAAGUUCGGCGUGAGCCGGUACCUCUAUCAGACUCAGUGUCGGGAGGUCUGUCCCGAGGGGUUCUUCCACUCUGAGAGGAAGCAGUGUGAGCCCUGUCCCAACGAGUGUGUCAUGUGUGCUGCAGCAGAUCACUGCCUGCGCUGCGCCGCUGCACACAAGCUCAGAAACGGCCACUGCUUCCCACUGGAGUGCAGCGAAGCGGAAGUUUCAGAUGCACAGAAGGAGGACUGUGUCCCCUGUGACGAUGGCUGUGAGAAAUGUCAAAUCCAGGAUGCUGGAGACGAGGAACAGAAAACCAUGUGUGUUAAAUGUGAAGAUGGUUUCUAUCAGUUAGGAGCUGACUGCCAGAAGUUCUGCCCAGAUCGGACCUACAACGUGGAGGACACCAUGGUGUGUGCUGCCUGUGAAGAUAAACACUGUGCAGUGUGUGACCAGUCUCAGUGCUACUGGUGUGAUCAUGGAUUCUUUGUCUUUGAUGGAGAGUGUGUGGACCACUGUGAGGAAGGGUACUUUGUGGAUGAGGAGAACCAGGAGUGUGAGCCAUGUCACCGCAACUGUCGCACUUGUGGAGGGCCCAGACAUGAUGACUGUGACUCCUGUGAGGACGGGGUGACACUGUCGGACGGGGAGUGUCUCGAGAGAAGAAAGCUGGUUGUUUGUCCUGAGAAAUAUUUUGUAAACAAUCAGGACAAAUGUGAGCCGUGCCACACCUCCUGUAACACAUGUUUUGGUGCAGAGAAGGGAAAUUGCAGCAGUUGCCACUCUGGAAAUUUUUUGACACCUCUUCAGUCUUGUCUUUCCCAUUGUCCCUCUGGGACAUUUGGCGAUAAGACAACUGGUCGGUGUGAGGAGUGUCUCACAGGGUGUGCAAUGUGCCGAGAAGCAGAAGUCUGCCAGGAGUGUCGCAAAGGACUUUAUCUGCAAAAUGGAACGUGUGUGGUGACAUGUCAGAGAGGGUUUCCGCAAGGUGCUGCAUGCCAUCCGUGUGCCUCAGAGUGCGGAUCCUGCAGGGAGACUCCGUCUCACUGUUUGAGCUGCCAGAGUCCAUUUUUGCUGCUGGAUCAUUCCUGCCUGUCCUCCUGUCCAGAGGAAUUUUAUAGAAACAACACAGAAUGCCAUCACUGUCCAGAUCACUGCAGAGAGUGCAAUCAGGAUGGUCUGUGUAAGAAGUGUGCGGAGUAUUACUUCCUCCAUGUUGACGAGUGUGUAGAUGAUUGUCCUGAGGGUUACUUUGCCAGUGACAAGCAACAGGAGUGUGUGCGCUGUCAUGUUGAUUGUGCAUCGUGUGACGGGCCAGGCUUUGAUGACUGCGACAGGUGUAGCAACACAAGAGCUGUUCGUUACAAUGGAGAGUGUCUGGCUAAGUGUCCGAGCAACACUUACUAUGACAAGAAUACAAAUGAAUGCAGAGAUUGUGACAAGUCGUGCUUGACCUGCUCGGGUUAUGGUCCAUCCGACUGCCUCAGCUGUGAUCCCAGCAGGCGCAAGGAUGCCAGUGGGCACUGUGUGUGGUACAGUGAGUGCUCUAUGGACUCAUACAUGGACCCAAACGGAGAGUGCCAACAGUGCCACGCACUCUGCAAUCGCUGUAAUGGUGCAGACAGAGACCACUGCCUCAGCUGCAACAGUCAGCGCUUCCUGCUGAACAACACCUGUGUGAAAAAGUGUCCCGUGGGUUACUAUACUGAAGUCAAAGAAGGGCGUGAGUGUCAGCGAUGCCACUUCAGCUGCGAGUCUUGUGUUGGUAAUCACAGUCUGCAGUGUGUCGCCUGCAAACCUGGAUAUUUUAGGCAGGGCGGCAGCUGUGUAGAGACCUGCUCAGAGAGCUACUUUGGCAACAGGAGCACAAAGAUCUGUGAGCGAUGUGACCCUUCGUGCAGCCAGUGCUUUGGUCCUGGGAACAGAAACUGUUUGAGCUGCAGGGGGAGCUAUGUGUUCAUGAAGCAGUGGGGGCGAUGCCUGAAGAGCUGUCCUCUAGGAUACUACAAAGACAAAAGAUCUACCACCUGCUCCAAGUGUCACCCAACCUGCAAAACCUGCAGUGAUGAAGGAGCUCUUGCUUGUCUAUCUUGUUACGACGGCUUUAUGUUUAUGGGUGGAUACUGUUAUAACCCUUGCAUGAUUGGCUUCUAUCCAGCCUCAGAGGAUUCUGAGAGUAAAACACCCAAAUGUAAAACUUGUGAUCCUUCGUGUGAGGGCUGCUGGGGUUCCAGCUCAUGGCAAUGCACUCUGUGCCCCCCGACCCAGCUCUUAUCUGACGAUGGCCGCUGCUUGAGUUGCUGUGGAAAUCCGACAUUUCCGUACGAUAAACCAAUCCCGAGGGAGUGCUGUGACUGCGAGGCAUCCCGAGUGGAGUGCAUCCUGGGGGUCAACUUUGUGAUGAAGACGGUUGAUGAUGUAAACAGCACUCCUAGACUCUUCAUCUGUAUUUGUGUUGUGGUUAUCCUCUUUGUGGGCCUAGGAAUCUUCCUCUUCCUUAGCACUCGGUCAAAGCCUUGCUCCACGAAGCCUAGAACCAGAGCCGGAGGCUACGAGCAGCUGAACACCAACGGGGGCUUCAUGCCACAAACCACCACCUCUGCGUUUGGAGAGUACAGCGACAAAAUCACGGAAUGUGAGGACAACGAUGAAGAGUACGUUGAUGAGGAUAUUGUGUACAUGACAAAAGAUGGAACGGUGUAUCGGAAAUUUAAGUACGGACUGCUGGAUGAUGAUGAUGUUGAGCUGGAGUAUGACGAUGAGAGCUACACGUUUAGAUAAAAACAUCAAACCAGUUCUUUACAUUUUUCUGUGGUUAAAAUUUCCUCAUGAUUGUGAUGUAAUUUUUUUCUAAUGUGUCCUUUUAGAAUAUUUUGCACAAUGUGUGGCUCAAGCAAGGUGAAACGUUUCUAUUUCAGAAUUAUAGCUAUUUAAGUCUUAUCACUAACGUCUAUAAAUGUUUGUUAUUGCCAGAUUGUGUAACAUACUGUAUGACUCACAAGAAACAAACUGUUCAGUUCCAGUUUAAAUGACAGUUGGUUACCGGACUAGUUAUUCAUAAAUGUCAUGUACCAUUGUGAACGUUUUCUGAGCUCCAAAAAUAAAAAACCCUACAAACAUGUAGCAGAAGAUUUUGCAAACACUUUCCAACAAGUGUCUCUUUACUAAUGUUACUUAGUGCAUUAUUAAGCAUUAAUAAACUAUUAAAGUAUUAACAGCUACUUAACCAUAUUAUGUAGUGCAUUACUAAUUACUUGUCCUAACCUUAAGGACACUUAAUAACAAUAAAGGUAAAAGUAAUAAAGGGUCCCUUUGUUUAUUAAUGCUUAAUAAUGCACUAAGUAACAUUAACAUAGGGGCUCUAUUGUAAAGUGUCAUUUUAAUUGCUUUUUUAAAUUAAUAUUGAGCUGUAAAUAAAAGACUUAACAAGGAAAUACAAAAAAUAAAGAUUUUAAAUAAAUAUGUGAAAAAA